AUGGGUUCCAUUGCGCCUUCCCUUGCUGAGCUCGAUGCCUCGGCCGUCAAGGUCACCCGCUCGACCAAUCUCCGCGAUGUGCCUCUUCCUGGCUCCGCGGAGGAGCUGAGCCACUCCUACUGCACCGAUCAUAUGGUCACUGCCCGAUGGACCGCGACUAAUGGCUGGGAGGCGCCCGAAGUGAGACCAUUCGAGAACCUCAGCAUCCCGCCCACGGCUUCCUGCUUGCACUAUGCUACCGAAUGUUUCGAGGGUAUGAAGGUAUACCGGGGAUAUGAUGGCAAGUUGCGUCUGUUUCGGCCGGACUGCAACGGAGAGCGUUUGGUGAACAGCGCCAAGCGGUCCUCGUUGCCUGGCUUCCGGUACGAGGAGCUCAAGCGCCUCAUCGCCAAGUUGAUGCAGAUCGAUGGACCCCGUUGGCUGCCCAAGGAUCAGCCCGGUCGUUUCCUCUACCUCCGCCCUGCGAUGAUCGGUAGCGGCCCACACUUGGGCGUCCAGAAACCCAAGGAAGCCCUCCUCUUCGUCAUUGCCGUGCCGUGGCCCGAUCCCGCCAAGAAGCAGACCGACCAGCCUGGUGUUCCGUACGGUCUGAAGCUUUACGCUUCUCAGCCCGAUACUAUCCGUGCUUGGCCUGGUGGUUUCGGAUACGCGAAGCUCGGCGCGAACUAUGGUCCGUCGUUGGUUGCCCACAGCCAGGCCCAGGAGCUUGGGUUUGAUCAGGUCCUUUGGCUGUUCGGCGAGGACCGCCAGGUCACCGAGGCAGGUGCUAGCAACUUCUUCAUUGUGUGGGAGAACAAGGAGAGUGGAAAGCUUGAGCUGGUCACCCCCACGUUGGAGAACCAGCUGAUCCUUCCUGGUGUCACUCGUCGCAGUGUUCUGGAGUUGGCACGCACGCGUCUGUCCCAGGCCGUUGGAAAGCUUGCGCCGGUCGAUGUGGUCGAGAAGCAGUUCACGAUCGAUGAUAUCCAGCAGGCUUGGAAGGAGGGACGUAUCGUCGAGGCGUUCGUCUGCGGUACUGCUUACUUUGUCACCCCCAUCAGGCUCAUCCGCAACGGAGACGUGGACAUGAACAUGCAGGAGGCUGGUGCCGAGCGCGCCGGAUAUUCGACUCAGAUCAAGUCGUGGCUGGAGGCCAUCAUGUUCGGCAUGAAGGGCGAGGAAUCCCACGAGUGGGGAUAUGUCAUUGACAACGAAACCGAGCAGUAA